CGCGAGCUGACUCCGCCCAGGUCGCGCGACUAUUCUUCCACUCGCGAGCGCGACUCGGUCACACGUCAGAAGCUUCUGAAGUUUACCUGAACUCGGACACACACACACACAUAUAUAUAUAUACACACACACACAGGUCCGGGGUUUAUACUCUGCUGUCUAUCAUGUUCCGGAUAUGGACCCAGGUUCUGCUCAGUGCUGUAGGUGUGCUGCUUACACCAGGUGUGUACCGCACAUUGGCGGUCGAGGUGACCACACCCAAAGAGCUGACGGCGGUUAACGGGACCGAUGUGAGGCUCAAGUGCACCUUCAAAUCCAGCUCUCCUGUGUCUGAGGAGUCAGUGUCUGUCUUCUGGAGCUUCACACCACUUGGCCCGGACAAGAGGGAAGAGUACUUCUUCCACUAUAAAGAGAAACCCUUUCCACCUGUCCAAGGUCUGCUUAAAGGUCACGCGGUGUGGUCAGGGAACGUGCUGAAGAACGACGCUUCCAUCAAACUGAACAACGUGCAGCCCCACUUUAACGGCACCUACACCUGCCUGGUGCACAAUCCUCCCGACGUGCACAGCUACACCGGCGAGAUCCGCCUCGAGGUCGUUCAGUCAGUGAAACUCUCAGAGAUUGGAAUUCUGGCUGCGGCGGUGGGCGGAGGCGUCGUAGUCGUCCUCCUCAUCCUCACCAUCGUCCUCGCCGUGCGUUAUUGCCGAGGUCGCCAUGGAGACGCAGGCAUAGAGUUGAAAAGCACAAAGCAAGAGAGCGUAUGCGUGCAGGAGGAGCUUCAGCCAAUAAACAGACCAGAGAAAGAGCUAGAAAAGGACGAAGUCCAUGAGGAUCUAGAAAAAACUAAACUUCAUGAGGAUAUCGAAGAGAGCAAACUUCACGAAGAGGACGAAGACGCUAAGAGCAAAGUGAAAGAAUCUGAUGCUCACUUAAAACCCGGCGACGAUAACUAAGCGAACGAGACGUGUCUGGUCCAUAAUGGACACAUCUUUUUAGAUUCUGUGAAAACAGAUGCAGGUGCGACGAUUUCCUCUUGUACGUAUUUUUCAUUUUUUAUUUUAUUUUUUUAAGAGUUGUUUUCUAGUUUUUAUGCUUAGCUUAUGUUUUUAGUGUCUCAUCCGAACAACGUUUGUCUAUGAAAUGAACAAACAGAAAAAUUAGCGAUGCUCAGAAUGUGAUCGAAAAGACACUCACGCAAAACUAACUUUGACAUCGAUACUAGCCUUUUGUGUUCAAUCUGUAAUCCAGAAAAACUCAGCAAAAGAAAGAGACCCCAAGCCUUUUCAGAUUAAGCGCUAGCUAAGAAGGACCGAACAAAGAUGCGAAUGAAGUGACAAAACUCAGAACACUUGCGCGAGCCACGACAGAACACGAUUGGAACAAGUUAUCAGCCUGAAUGUUCGCUAACUGUAAAAUGACGCAAUCAGAAUACGCUACCAAACCCGAGGUACACAACACAUUGAAAAGAUUUUACUUGAAAAUUGUAAAGUAAUGGUGACGGAAGUGAAACUUUUGAAGAAAAGAACCAAAACUCUGGUUUCAAGAAUAGAACAUGCAACACGGAAAGUUACAAACGGUUCAUUUUUACAGGAAGAGGAGGCGACCGUGAACGUGGCUUUCGUUACGAUCUUGAUCUGUCUGAAUUUUUUUGUUUUGUUUGAUAUAAAAAAAAGAAAUGUUACUCUGAAGCCAAUUAUAUUUAUACACAGCAGCUUUGAGCACGAGGUCGAAUGUUUAAAAAAAAUGCAAAAAAAAAAAAAAGCCAAAAUUCAGAGCUUUUGAUUUUUUAAUUAAAAAAAAAUCUCAAAAUGAUAGUUUAUAAAUAAUACAUUAUGAAUGAGGUUCAUGUUUUAUAAAAACUGCACUGUA